AUGGAUCUCGCAAAAGUCGCGGACGAAACCAAGGCCGUCCUCCCAGACAUCCUAGCAGACAUUCCCAACUUCGACGCAACCAAAUCCUCCCUCAACAAGCUCGAUGACACAGAUGCACUCUCCCCUGCAGACUGUCCCGGUUUCAAAUCCAAAGCGAGCAUAAAAGUCCUAGACAUGGACUCCUUCGACGCAGCCCUGCACCUCGAUCCCACCUACACCGUCCAAAAACACCUAACCUCCUCACCUCCCAACUCCGUCCUCGUCCUCAACCUUGCCUCGGAGCGCUCCCCCGGUGGCGGCUGGCAAAAAGGCGCCCUAGCCCAAGAAGAAUGCCUCUGCUACCGCUCCUCCCUCUCCCUCUCCCUCUCCCGCUCUUUCUACCCCCUUCCCACCCUUUCCGCAAUCUACACCCCAAACGUCGUCCUCUUCCGCGAUUCCAUGCCAAAUGGACAUGCCCUUUUCCCCACUGCGCAGUUGCAGGAUGCGUCGAGUCUACCAGCGGUAUCCGUUGUUAGCGCUGCUGCGCUGCGGAAGCCCGCGUUGUCGGACGACAAAGCGACGUUUAAGCAAUUGGGUGCUAGGGCGGCUACGAAGAGGAAGAUUAGACUUGUACUCCGGAUAGCGGCGCGGAACGGACACAGUAGACUGGUCCUGGGUGCGCUGGGUUGCGGUGUUUUUGCCAAUCCGGCUGAAGACGUCGCACAGUGUUUUGCAGAGGUGUUUGAUGAGGCUGAGUUUCAGGGUGGCUGGUGGGAAGAGGUUGUAUUUGCUGUGUUGGACAAUGUUAGUAGUGCGAGUGGGGAGGGGGGCCAAAAUGGAAGCGGGAAUUUUGGCAUGUUCUAUAGGGGGCUGCACGGGAAGGUGGUUUGA